AUGGUACGCGGGGCCCUGCUCGCCGAUCGCUGCUUCCCAACGUCACAGUCCGUCGUCAACCGGGCCAUCAACAUCAUGACCAAAGCUCCAACGCCAACGCCAUUCGCGGCUGCCCGCCUCGAGGGCGGCUGUGUCUUUUCCGUCGCCGGGGGCCAAUACUUCGUGCCACCCUCCAAGCCCAAUGCUGUUGCACGGCUGCCCUGGGCCCAUGACUUUGGCCUCGUCAGUGUUCUGAGGGUGCCACAGCACCGACAUGGCAGCAACGAGAAACGCCAAAUUACAGCCAGCUGGGUGCAAGAUACUGUACACGAAUACGAGCAACGGGACGAUGUGUUUGAUACCGCCUUUCUAGCCACUGUCAUCUUCCACGGAGCCGACGAACGCAGCGUGACAUUGACCGAUGAAGCCCGAGAGUAUCUGGGCAAGCUUGGCAACAAGCAGGUCGCCUUCAUCGCCCCUCCAGAGCUUCCACAUCUGCUCCCCGGCCCCUACCUUCUCGUCGGCCAUGAGCUGAGGGACGUGUGGAAGCUGGCGGCUGAUACCCACGGGGCUUCCAUGGUCACCUUGGAGCCCAAGUUAAGUCCCGAUAUACUGACCCGACUUAGCUCCUCCGACGCCUUCGAGUCCUUCCAAUUCUUGGACACCGGUGACCAAUCCCCCAUCUUCGCACUCCAGUCUCGAACCAAGGCUCGGGCAGUCUUCCAUUCCCCGCUGGCCGGCCUCCGCAUGGUCAUCAAGGAUAACAUUCACCUGCGUGGCAUCAAGACGUCUGCUGGCAACCGAGCUUUCUACGAUACCUUCCCCCCUUGCAGCGAGACGGCAGAAUGCGUGCAGAAGCUGCUGGACCAGGGCGUGUCGCUCGUUGGAAAGACGAAAAUGAAUUCCUUUGGAAUCUGGGAAGAACCCAUUGAGUACGUUGACUACCAGGCACCCUGGAACCCCCGCGCAGACCGCUAUCAAUCACCCGGCGGCAGCAGUUCGGGGAGCGCCGCCGCCAUUGCGGCGUAUGAUUGGCUUGACAUAGCCAUCGGCACCGACACUUGGGGAAGUGUGACCAGGCCUGCGCAUUGGUGUGGAUGCUUUGGCCUUCGCCCGACCCUUGGAGCGCUCUCGCCUCAAGGAAUCGUCCCAUAUUGCCAGACGUGGGAUACUGCGGGCAUUCUUACGAGAGACUUGGGGGUGUGUAAAGACGUGGCCGCCGAGUGGCUUGAUGCCAAUGCCCUCCAAUCGGAUCCGCAGCCGUUUUCGUCCGUGAUAUGGGCCAAAGACUUCUGGAACAUCAUUGAGGAUGAUCAGAUUAACACUGCCAGAGACUUCGCCAACAAAGUUGCAUCUGUUCUCAACAUCAGCGGCGACGAUGUCUCCUUCGAGGAAGCAUGGACGAAGUCCCCACCUGCUGAGGCGAAUGGGGCCUCACUUCUCGAAUUCAUUACAGAGGCUACGGGAGCCCAAUCCUACGAUGCCUACCACAACUGCCAACCCUUCGUUGAACAGUAUCGCAAAAAGUUCAAUCACGCACCCUAUAUCUCUCCCCGAAAUCAGAGCAUGUGGAACUUCGCCAAAAACGUGUCGAAGGAGAAGAGAGAUGAAGACUUUGCAAAAUUGGAUGUCUUUGAGAAAUGGUUCCAUAGCACCAUUUUGACGGAAAAACACUCGAAUCCGCUCAUCAUCAUGCCCCUCGAGUGUGUGGUUCCGCGAUACAGAGACAACACGCCCACUUUCAGACGACCUCCCCAAGACGGCGUAGGUGCGCUGGCUCUAGGCCCAGUCAUGAAGUCUCCAGUCCUCGCUGUUCCGCUUACGGAUAUACCUUAUCUGUCCAGAAUCACUAACCAACAGGAGAGACUGCCAUUCGUUCUGGCAGUUAUGGGCAAACCAGGCACUGAUCUGGCACUUAUAGACGCCAUCUACUCGGUUCUCGAGAAAACUGGUUCGCCAACUGCGGUGAAGGCUGGAAAGCUGAUGUUUUAG